CCCUAGUGCAUGUGUUGGCAGAAAGAGGAGAGCGAUGCCAGUCUGGGCCCUAGAACCUCAUCUGUAUCCUGAUACUGUCAGGAACGGGCGAGUUAGAAGGUACAGCCCCCCAAUUCUCCUGCUGAUAAUUCCAGUCCUGACGGCGGCACAGGAGAUCGUGACGGGAUUUGUGGGAAAGACCGUGGUGUUGCCCUGUACCUACCCUCCUAAUAUGGACGUCUCCAGAAUGUGCUGGGGGCGAGGCAGCUGCCCAUUACACCGAUGUCACCGUGAGAUUAUCCGCACGAGGGGCAGGAACAUAAUCCAAAGUGAAUCUGAGCGCUACUCAUUGCUGGGGAAUAUUACUCAGGGGGACGUGUCUCUCACCCUCACGGGGGCAACCAGCAGUGACAGCGGGAUAUACUGCUGCCGGGUGAGGGUGCCAGGGAUAAUGAACGAUCUCAAGAAGGAGAUUCACUUGGAGAUUCAGGAAAGUAAAAUAACCCUGACAUCAGACACAGAACUGGCACAGGAUGGCACAGGCAGUCCAGUGGGAAACAUUAUUAGACUGGUUAUCGUCCUCUUCCUCCCUUUCUUGAUUUUCAUCAUAUACAAGUGUAGGCAUCGGCUGGAUCAUUGGAUGGAUCCUUCUGGAUACAAACGCAGAUCACAUUUCAAAAAGAUGGAAUUAAGAAGUACUUGUCGGAUUAAAAAAAUUACUAAUUGCUGAGUGACUCAGGGAAGUUUGACACAAUCUGCUCCCUAUGCGGCAAAACAAACCACCUUGUAUCAUAUAUACUAUAUAAUGAUUUUUUUCCCCUAUAUGUAAUAAUAAAAAUGCACUUGUUUCUCCCGCA